GCAGCUUCGAUGGAGAAUCCCCACCCCGUUUUGGAGCAGAGCGGGGACGAGGGCCUGCGCGCCCCGCUGGCGCUUCUGACGCCGCGCCUCGAAAACGCAGUGGAGACAUAUUGCGCUGCGUCGGGCGAUUCCGCCGGCGCCGUGCGACAAUGGCUGGAAGCGAAUCAUGUCACCUCACUGCUGGUGCUGGAAAUCCUGGCAGACGAGCUUGGGGAACCAGACCCCGAAACAGACCCACUGCGACCACCGGCGGGCUUCUUUGACCAUGCCCUGGAUUUGGCAGAACAGGCGUACCUCGCCAUCAAGCACGUGGCAAAAGUCCGAAGGAAGCAUGCCACGGCCGACCUCAAAGAGGCGGCACCGCUGCGCACGGUUGAAAACCUGUGCACGCUGCCCGCGACGGGGGCACAACGACCCUUCAAAAGCUCGCGCCCGCGCGCAGAGCAGCAGCGCGACCAGGAGAGCCUGGACGCGCGCGAGCACGAGACGGCCUGCAUCUCGUUGACUCAGUGCGCCAACACAGUUGCAACUGUGACUGAAAUCGACGUCAAGGUGUAUUUGGACGAGCAGAAGGAGCGGGGACAUUCUGUGCCCGGUGCUGCGUUUUCGGCACCGCGCUGGUUUGACAACGCAAUCCAGAUGGGGUGGCCGCUGCAGGACGAGCUGGUAUUGACAGCCGUGACAGAAGCGCACGGAGCGGCAGCCGCCACGAGAGUGCAGGCGGAACCGUUCACGCAGCUGGUAGUGGACAAACUCCAUGACCUCUUCUGGCGGGCACAAGGGGCAGAACGAUGGAUCACAGGUUUCUACAUCUGCCUCGCCAGCGCUGUGCUCCGCUGGGGAGACCUCCACAGAUCGUGGAACCUCGGGCUCACGCGGGAUGCCUUGUACGGCACGUCGUACCGCAUGAAGCGGAAAACAGCGCCGACCCCGUGGGCGGCGUUGCGGUACGACGCUGGCGGCCGCGAUUGGGGUGGGGCAUGGCACGAGCUGACCAACGCCCUGACUCCAGAAAGCGACCCAGGCCAACCACGGAAAUGGCUCUGGCCGGCGGUGGAGCACCCCGGGGAGGGUAGACUGGAAGUAGCUGCCCCUUUGAGGAAAGGUUCCUACCACAACUGCUUGCGCACCCUGCAGGUGAUCCUCCGCAAGGCAGGAGUGCAAGACACACCGCGGGGGUACACCCUCCACUCGCCGCGCUUCUACAUGCCGGCGGUGGUCCGGCAGAUUGGUGGCACCAGGGAGCAGGUUGCAGCGGUCGGUCACUGGGCGGACGGAAGCCAGGUCCCUUUGCAAUACGACCAGGCCAGGUGCUGCUCCGAACUGCUGGUGAAGGCACAGGUCUUGCAGGCGCUCCGGAACGGAUUCCGACCGGCCGGAAGCUUCGAAGUGCCUCAAUUCGGCGGGCCGCGUGACGUGCACCCACCGCCCGGGCAGCUGACCGAGGGCACCCUCGGGGACCGCAAAGCGGCCCCUGGGCUAGACGCGGAGGCCGCCAAGGCAAGCGCCGGGCACCAGGGCGACGUCCAGGACAGAGACCCAGAAUGGAUAUUGAACGUGCGGUCGGCCAUGCUGCACAGGAAGCACCCGUCUCUGACGAACCGCAGCCUAUGCCCGUACGUGCGCAAUUACGAAAGCCACAAGAAUUACCGGCUGGUCGCCUCCGGAAGCGAGUUGGACGCAGCAUUUUGCGCCAGCUGUUUUGGGAAGGCGAAGGCCGUGGACAUGCCUCAAUGGCAAGGCAGCAUGGCCAGCUACGACGAUGCUCUCGGCCGCCAGCUGGACGUCAACCUCCGGAACCUACUGGAGGAAUGUCGUGUCCAGCCGGAGAUCGCACAGUGGCUUGUGGAGAAAAAGAUCACCCAGGUCGGAGCCUUCUCAGACUUGGCGGACAGCAAAGAGCAGAUCGUCAAGGUUCUCCACAUGGCUGGUGCGACCAUUGACGUGGACGACCCUGUGAAGUGCCAGCCGGUCAAGACCGCCUUCAGGCGCGCCCUGGCCAUCACGAAGGCCGAGGACGACGCGAGGGCCCGCGGCGAAGUCAUCGACCGCGAGGCGACCCUGGGGUCCGAAGACAGGAAGCGCCUCGACAAGAACACGGCGCAGCACUACAACUUCCAGUGGCCUCAGACGAUGCUGGUAGACGAUGCGACCAUGGGGCGCCUCAUAAAAAUGUUCACCAAGAAGACUCGCUACGUCCCCCGGCUGGGGGAGAUCCGAAACCUGAUGGAGAAAGGACCAGUCCACGAAGGCAAGAUCCUGCUUGAGAUGUCCACAAACACCGGGCAUAUCCGGGGCCUUUCACGGGCUCCGGAAGAUGCAGCCAUUGGAGGGCUUAUUCAGUUCGGCCGCCGGCACAUGAUGCUCAUGGUGGGCUACGCGCACGCUGCGGGCCCUGACUGGGAGAAAGCAAGCCUCACGACGCUCCUAGACUACCACGAGUGGGUCAUGAAGAAGGCCUACGAGGGCGACCGCACCCGCGAGAAGAUCAAGCGCCUGAUGGACGCGGACUACGAGAUGAGGACCAAGUGGACGCUUGGUUACAGCACCGAGGAGCAUCCGACGCUCACGGCAGCUAUCCAACACCACCGCUCCGAGAGCGCCUACCUUUUCCAGGAUAUCAACAAGAAGACCAACACCUACGGACAGUACGAGCAGAACGAGGACAACAACCGGAGCCGCGCCAGCUCGGCCAAGGGUUACCCGAACAACCGGCAGCACCAGAGCCGCGGCCGGAGCCGCAGCCGGCGGCCGGAGACGAGCGACAAGCCGUUCAUGCUCCAGAAGAAGACGCCCAGCGGGGCCGAUAUAUGCGCGUUCUACAACAAGGCUGCGGGGUGCAAGGAUCCCAAGUGCAAGCGGGAGCACACCUGCAACUACCCAGGUUGCCACAAGCGGCACACCCGCUGCGACAACCACCCCACCCACCCGCCGAAGCGGAACUGA